GCGGUAGUUGACGCUCGUGGAUAGCUGACUGCUUCAACGUGCGCGUUUUGGCCGUGUUUUUCAUUGGCGUGCCGAUAGGCUGAAUCUGUGGAUUAUCAGGUGAUGAGUGCGGAGGUGUCGCGCUCAGCGAGCAGUGCGCCGUUCCACUUCCGCGCGUACCACGCCACCACCAGUACUGCGACACAGCUGGCCAGCGUGCCGAGGAACUCCGACAUGGGCGCCGCCGGAGCCAAGCCUCUGAACGGUGACUCGCUGGCCGCUGGCCACACGUGCGCAGUACGCGCGGCAGCCGCCGGCGGAGCAGGAGGAGCCGGCAGCGGCGGCGGCGCAGCGGACGAGGAUGUGGCGUGCAACUGCGCGCACUGCAAGGAGAAGGUGCGCCUCCCGGCGGGGCAGGAGAAGCUGGUGUCUGGCGAGCUGGAGGCGGCCGGCGGCCAGCAGACGCAGCCGCAGACGGAGGAGGUGCGGCUGCUGCACGCUGACUGGAUUGAACUCCGACAGAGCCUCAAACAGCUCUACUGGCUCCACAUGGACGCGGCCACGGCCGGCGACACUCCGGCCCGCCAGGCGGCCGCGCCCAUGCAGGCAGUCAUGAAGGAAAAGGUGGCGCGGCUGUGCCAGCGCGAUCCCCACCAGCUGUUCCAGCGGCUGCAGGGACAGCUACAGGAGCUCACCCUCGAGGUCAAGGUGCGCCUACUGGAGCACCUGAGCCGCGAGCGGCCCGGCCUGGCGCAGCUGUUCCUCACCGCACUGCUGGACAACUAUGACCGGAUCGUGAAGGCGGCCACCAGCCUGUCUCCGGCGGUACACGCCCUGGAGCACCACCACCUCUCGCGGUUCGGCCUCUCGUGGGUGUCGCUCAACAAGCACGCCUACCACUCCGUGGUCUACAUGGACCCGAUGGUGCAGAACAACCUGCCGACGUUCAUAUCUCAGCUGCGGACGCUGCUGUCCGGCCAGGACCAGCACUUGGCGUACGCCGACCUCGUCCGACGCUACCUGAGUUUCGACGACGAGAUGAGUCGCGCGGCGCAGCAGUGGGCUGCCGCUGAGGCACGGCUGCAGGAGUUUGGACAGGAGCAGGCCACGCUGAAGGCCAAGCAGCGCAUGCUGCGAGAGGACCUGGAGCUGCUGCGCGCGCAGCGGAAGCUGCUGCAGCAGCAGGUGCUCAGUCGGGACGGUGUGACCGUAGAGGAGGAGGAGGAGGCCCUCCAGCGGCUGGUGGCCGGAUGCACCGAGGAGGGCUGUGAGGAGUGCUCCCUGACGCUCCCCGAUGGGACCAGCGGCGAUAAGUCGCGCACCAUCGGCCUGCUCGAGCUGCGGCAGGCGCUGGAGACCGCCUCCCGGUCCGGGGACGGAGACGGCAAGCAGCCGGCGGCCGGGUCGGCGCCGGCGGCCCCUGCCAGCUCCGCGCCCGCCGCCGCCGCGCCGGCCACCUCACACGCCAGUACGGGCACGUCGCCGCCGACCGCUGCCCCCGCGCCGGCGCCCGCACCGCCCCGGCCCACAGCCUGUCUGAAGAAGUCGGCGUCGACCCAGGUACCGGCGCCGCCGUCAACCGGCUGCCAGGCGUCCGGCUCCCACCACCCCACUACCACCUCCAGCGGCUGCCAGGCGGGCGGCGCGCACAAGCACACCUACUCCAAGGCAGCGCCAACCACCCACCGGCCGCAGCCGCGGUUCGAUCCGGGUGUCGACCCCGCCGACGACAGCAGCCAGAACGACUCGUGCUCGGAGCAGUCGUCCUCCACGGCGUCACAGCACUGCAGCUGCUGCUACUGCGAGGUGUUCGGCCACGGCGUGCCGCCAGUGGCGCCCGUCAGCAGGAACUACCCCGAGAUCCGCGACCGGCUGAGGCUGCGGCUCGACCAGCGGCGGCGCGACCACAAGUCGGAGUCGUCGGAGCGCAGCACUGGAGAGCAGUCGGCGCACGACGACACGCGGGAUAUUGGGGACCUGCUGCAGUACAUCGAGGCUGGAGGUGCAGACCAGAAACGAAAUGAGAAGCGUGCCGCCAAGCGUGAGCGCCAGCGCGUCCGCCGCCAGGACGCCAGCGCUGCGCAGGAGGAGGAACAGCAGCAGAUGAGGAACAUUCAGGAAUUCCAGCGGAGGAACCCGGAGGUGACCAUUACUGUGGUCAAGUCUGGGGAGGGUGAGACGGCGCCGCCGCCGCCGCCGGCCGCCGACGCUGAGCAGGACUCCAGUCCGUCCGGAGCCAAGAGGAAGAAGCAGCAGCGGAAGCUGGCCAAGCUGGCUGCUCAGCAGCCGGCGCCCGCCGCCGCCCCGGCUGCUCCCGCUCCCGCCCCUGCCGCCGCUCCCGCCCCCGCCCCCGCCGCGCCGCCGGCACCCAGCGAGCCUCCCGCACCUCCCGCGGACGAGACAUCCCCGAAGAAAUCCUCUCCGAUCAUGGAGGGCCUGGCGCGGAACGGGCUGGUAUCCGUGCCCACUGCGCCGGGCGCCGGCGACGCGCGCAUGGUGACAAUCCGCAGGGUGAUGGAACCGGGCGGCCGGGAGCCAAAGGUCACCAUCACCCUCAAGGGUGACUCGCCUGAGAAGGAUCGCGUGCUUAUGACACUCGUCAAUGGCCAGCUGAGGAACGGCGGCGCUGGCGAGCCGGCGGCCGGAGGCGAGUCGGCGUCCGAGCCGCCCAUGACCAAGACGGCCAAGAAGAAGCUGAAGAAGGCUGCGCGGCUUCAGAAGCUGAAAGAAGAGGAAGAAGCAGCUGAGCGGGCGCGCCAGGAGGCGGAGGAGAGGGCCCGUCUGGAGGCUGAGCGUGCCGCCGAGGAGGAACGGCAGCGGCUGGAGCAGCAGCAGGCCAAGAACAAGAAAAAGAAGAAGAAGAAGGGAGGUCAGCAGAAUGGCACGGCCACCCAGAACGGACACGCCGCUCAGCCUGCGAAGGCGGCCCCGGCAGCGGCCAGUAAGGUCGCCCCGGCGCCUGUGGUGGUCAACGGGAAGGACGCGGACAAGUGGCGGACGCCCAAGAAGCCGGCCGCCGCUGAGCCCGAGCGGAAGCCUGUGGCCGCCGCCGCGGCCGUGCGCCCGGCCGUCCCCUCCGCCCCUGCGGCUGGCAGUAAGAAGAGGCCGGAGCUGGUGGCGGCGCCGGUGACCGAGCCGCGCCGCGCCACCGUCCGGCCGCCCGUCGAGCCGCCCACCCAGCUGAUGCAGGACCUGGCUCUGAGCUCCUCCGACAGCGAGAUCGAGGACCUGGCGCGAGCCUACCGCAUCCCGGCCGGCAUCACCAUCAGCCGGGUGCGCGGCACGGAGCCGGCCGGCGGCGCGGUCCGUCAGCCGACCGCCGGCGACGGCCAGUCCCCGCCCGCAGUCUCCUCCGCCGCCGCCGACAAAAAGUCCAAGAAGAAGCGGAAGAAGAAGCCGGGCGCGGCCGCGGUGCCGGCGCCCGUCGAGGAGGCGGUGCCCGAGGUGACGAUUCGGAAGGUGGGGGUGGCGCCCGGCCGGCGCUCGGCCCGCUCCGUCGAUGACGACGAGGCUGUGUUCAUGCCGGCCGCCGGCGGGGACAUCACCGACCUGGUGGACAAGGAGGUGGAGGCGUUCAAACGAUUCUGUCUGGACGGGCCGCAGGUCAGCCGCGAGCACAGGCCCAAGGUCAACCUCAACAUCAAGGACAUCCUGAUUAAGAAGAAGCCAUUGUAAAGCAUGGUUGUGAUACAUCUUCAGUACUGCUCUUACUUUGUACUAGUCUUAGGAAUCGUCUGCCUUGUAACUUCUUUUAAUACUUUGUUACAAGUAGCUCUUGCGUUCUCGAUUAAUUUAAUUGCUGACUUUGUGCCGGCAGAGGCGCGCGCGCGGCACAGGCGGCAGUGCCCGCUCCGUCCCACUCCGACACAAUCCGACAGGAUGUUAAUAGAGAGCGCACGGACGAUC